CAACAUUUCUGCCGUAAGGGUAGGGUUUAAGCUCUUGCCAAUUACCAUCGUUUUUCGGCUUUUCAGGGUGGAUCAAAUGGAAGGGUUUUAGGGAACGGUAGUAUUCCUCUUCCCCUUCCCCUUCCCCAUGGCUUUAACUCCAAUCUCUUUUCUUCUCCUUCGGAAUUUAUCCUCCAUAAACCCUAGUGUAUCUCAUUCUAGAAUUAACUCUCUCAUCAGAACUAGUAGACCUUUCUGGUUCUCUCGCUGUGGCAACCUUGUGCCCUUCUCAAUAGCUCGGUCCUCUCUCCUGCAAACCGAAACAGAACCCCCUAAGGUUUCAGACCCCAGAACAAGCCUCUCAGAUCGUAUGCGCUUCGUAUUUGAUCAAAUAGACGCCAUUGAGAAGGAGAGAAGCAACAAGGACGAGGCUUUGCAAAGGAUUCGCGCCUGGAGGGAAGCAAAGAAGAAAAAAUCCGAAGAGGAGGCUUCGGGGUUAAGGGGCCCAGGUGCUGUUGAAUCGAGCCCGGCUUUAGAUACGGAAGUGGAGGUCAAGAAGAAGGAUAACCUGUUCAAUAAAGAAGUUGAGUUUGUUCAUCCUUGGCCUGAAUGGAUUGAGUUCAUGGAGCGGUUGGUUCAACAGAAUUAUUUCGAUCAUCGGAGGAGGGAUGAGAAUAAAAUCAUCCAGGGCCUGUCCAUUGAUGUGCCAGAGUUCGUUGAGGAAGGAUUUGAUUUUACCAGGGAUUGGUUUGCUGUUCGCACCGCCUGUCUCAACUUUGGGCGUGACCGCUUUGAUAUCUUGAGGUCGUUGUCAAGGCAGGAUAUUCAAAUUCUAGUUGGGUAUGGAUGCCCUAAUGUGGACACCAAAGUGGUGUUCUCUGCAAAGAUAUUGAGGAAGCAUGUACACCUUGAUGAAGGAGAUGUCUGUAGUUCAUGCAGUCUCAGAAGCUCAUGUGACAGAGCAUAUUUGUUAACACAGAAGGAGGAUGAGGCUAGGACUCUUGAUGUUAUCCGCAUCCUAUUGGCAUUUGGUUUUGAUCAUGUCAAAGAAUCAGUUCAGAACAAAGCUCUUUUAAAAUUGAAAUCUGUGAAAAGAGUAGUACGUAAGUUGCUUCAUGAAGUUGUGAAGUUGAGUGCAAUUCCAAUAGACCCAAAUCUUCCACCACCAGUAAUAAAAAAGGCCCCACCAAAGGUGAAGCAACCACCACCUCCUCCAAAGAAACGAGUAGGGCGUGAUGACAUUGAAAUGAAGAAAGGAGAUUGGCUCUGUCCUAAGUGUGAUUUCAUGAAUUUUGCAAAGAACACUGUGUGCUUACAAUGUGAUGCCAAGAGGCCAAAGAGACAAUUACUUCCUGGAGAAUGGGAGUGUCCUGAAUGCAACUUCUUGAAUUAUAGGCGGAACAUGGCAUGCUUUCAUUGUGAUCACAAACGCCCACCUGAUGAAUAUAUGGAAAACCAAAUGCAAUCAAGGACACAUGGUCAAUCUUCGAGGUUACAAAGGGUUGCCAGCAAGUCCGAGAUUUCAAAUGCCUGGAAUUUUGAUUUUGAUGAUAAUGAAUCUGAUGGUGCAGAUGUUGCUGCUUUUGAGUUUGCAGAUCCUCCCAAAAUGGGUGAAGAGUCUUCUUUUGAUGCCCAUGCUCCAGGAGGAACUCCAAGGGGAUUUGUAGAUGAUUCCUUUGAGACCAGCAGGGUCCCAAGAACCAAUGAAAGAGGAUAUCCGGAUGCUAGUGAAAGGAAGUCAAGUAUGGGGUUUGAUGACUUUGAUGAUGAAGAAGAUGAUAUUGAUUCUUAUGAGCUAGACACACAAACUAACAGUUCAAUACAAGCUGCUUCGUCUAAAGAUUUCUCAGAUGUUGAUGGUUACUCCAUCUCUGAAGAUUUGGACAUCCCUGACAUUUCCCAUGCUCGUCAAGCAAUUAGUUCCUCUUCAUACAAUAACACAUCAAGGCUGAGACCAGGAAACUAUUCUUCUGAAUCUGAGGAUAGUGAACAAUGUUUUGAUUCAGAUGAAGAACUUUCAGCCCACCGUGAACGGAAAUUUAGUCAUAUUGCAGAUUCUAGACGGAGAAAUAAGGGCAGAGAUGCAGGUGGCCCGUACAGGGGAAUCACCUUCGGUUCAGAUGUUGAUGAACUAGAUUCUGGUACUGAUGGUGAUGAAUAUGACAAUGAUGGCUAUGAUGAUGUAGACAAGCGAUUUGGCUCCAGGAGUAAAAGUAAUAAAUGGGAUCUAUAUAGAAGGGAUAUUGGGAGAGGAGGUUCUGAAUCUGAUGGUGAGAAUAUACAGUCUCGUUUUAAUAAGAAAGGGACCGCUGAUAGAAGGGGAAACACUUACCGAAGUCACCCACGUUUUGAUUCCAGAGGUGAUGUACAAUUUAGAUCCAACAGUAGAAUGUUUGGCAGGAGGGACUCUUUUGGCAAAUCUAAUAUUGAUAGAACAUAUCAAGGUUCUCGCAGGACUGAGAGAGGAUCUCAGAGAGGUGACUUCAGUGGACAAAGAGUGAAUGAUAGAGGAGGCAAUUUGUGGAAUUAUGGAAGGAGGGACUCUUUUGGAAAAUCUAAUCUUGAUAGAACAUAUCAAGGUUCUCGCAGGACUGAGAGAGGAUCUCAGAGAGGUGACUUCAGUGGACAAAGAGUGAAUAAUAGAGGAGGCAAUUUGUGGAAUUAUGGAAAUCGUGGAAAUGACAAACGGUUUAGGCAUCAGCAAUGGGGGAAAUACAAUGAAUUCAAUAACCCAUCAGACGUGUAUAGAGACUUUGAUAAUAAUAAUAGACCAAGGAGGCGCAUAAUUGAGAGAUGAGAUCAUGGAAGAGCAUGAUUUCUAAAUAGGCUGGAAUCCGGGUUCUUACACAAUUCAUGGUCAUUCGAAAUGGUUGGCAAGGCAAAAUGACUUGGUUUAACUUGCAGAAAUCUGACAAAAUUCAAUUGUUGUCUUCCUAUGUGAAUACACGGGAUCAGUAGAAGAUGCUGGGAAUUGUCACUGAGCCAUUGUAUUUAUACACAGUUUUCUAUUUAUUGUCAUUUCAUGAGGCAUGUCAAAUGCAUAUUUUGAGGGAAAUUUGCUUUUUUUUU